ACAAAAUAUUCAGCAUAUAGACAGAGACUGCAGACAUGAUACAGGUGAUGGUCAGAGACUGGAGACAUAGUACAGGAGAUGGUCAGAGACUGGAGACAUAGUACAGGAGAUGGUCAGAGACUGGAGACAUAGUACAGGAGAUGGUCAGAGACUGCAGAGAUACUACAGGAGAUGGUCAGAGACCGCAGACAUACUACAGGAGAGGGUUAGAGACUGCAGAUAUACUACAGGAGAUGGUCAGAGACUGCAGACACUACAGGAGAUGAUCAGAGACUGCAGACAUACUACAGGGGAUGGUCAGAGACUGCAGAUAUACUACAGGAGAUGGUCAGAAACUGAAGACACACUACAGGAGAUGACCAGAGACUGCAGUCAUAGUACAGGAGAUGACCAGAGACUGCAGACAUAGUACAGGAGAUGACCAGAGACUGCAGACAUAGUACAGGAGAUGACCAGAGACUGCAGACACACUAAAG